AUGGUAGUGAUCAAAGAGCUCUCUCAGAGUGAGGUGGCGAGUCAUAACCAAGGAAAGGACCUAUGGGUCUGUAUUCGUGGAUAUGUAUAUGAUGUCUCGAAUUUUAUAGAAGAGCAUCCUGGAGGAGAAGAGGUGCUUCGUAGUUUUGCAGGAAAAGAUGCGACGGAAGCUUUUGAGGACGCUGCCCACUCCGAGGAGGUUACGCCAAUCAUGAAAGAACUCAUCGUUGGAAAGAUAUCAUCGCUGGUAAGGGUUUCUACUUUCUAG